AUGGCCCCCAAAUGUGAGUCUCUGCUCCCACCUCAGAAGAAGAAAUCAAGAUUGCCUACUGCUCCCAGACCAGAGGACACCUCAGGCUCUCAGGGAUUGCUGAUAAAGAAAGGAAAAGAACAGCAAGAAGCAAUUGAACAUAUUGAUGAAGUACAAAAUGAAAUAGACAGACUUAAUGAACAAGACAGUGAGGAGAUUUUGAAAGUAGAACAGAAAUAUAACAAACUCCACCAACCAUUUUUUCAGAAGAGGUCAGACUUGAUCUCCAAAAUCCCACAUUUGAGAGUAACAACAUUCGUCAACCAUCCACAAGUGUCCACGCUGCUUGGGGAGGAGGAUGAAGAGGCGCUGCAUUAUUUGACCAGAGUUGAAGUGACAGAAUUUGAAGAUACUAAAUCAGGUUACGGAAUAGAUUUUUAUUUUGAUGAAAACCCUUACUUUGAAAAUAAAGUUCUCUCCAAAGAAUUUCAUCUGAAUGAGAGUGGUGAUCCAUCUUCAAAGUCCACUGAAACCAAAUGGAAAUCUGGAAAGGAUUUGACGAAAUGUUCCAGUCAAACACAGAAUAAAGCCAGCAGGAAGAGGCAACAUGAGGAACCAGAGAGCUUCUGUACCUGGUUUACUGACCAUUCUGAUGCAGGUGCAGAUGGAUUAGGAGAGGCCAUCAAAGAUGACAUUUGGCCAAAUCCAUUACAGUACUACUUGGUUCCUGAUAUAGAUGAUGAAGGAGAAGGAGAAGAAGAAGAAGAUGAUGAUGAUGAUGAUGAAGGUUUGGAAGAUAUUGAUGAAGAAUGUGAUGAGGAUGAAGGUGAAGAAGAUGAAGAUGAUGAUGAGGGGGAGGAAGGAGGAGGAUGA